AAUCGCGGUCAUGGCGGCGGAGUCGUCCCUGCCGUCUUCUGAACAUUGUGAGCGGCCUUCUUUCCAAAGCGAACACACUCGAGGAAGACGACGGGAAGAGUGUAGCGUUGUCGUAGACAAGAAUGCCGAAACGAACUUCAACUCCAACUCCAUCUGUUGUGGAUCGGCUUGCGAAGCGCUCAAAGCGGCGCGCCUACGAAACGCUCAAGAUCAAAAAUGAAUCCGACGAUAGCAGCGAUGUCGAUGCCGAUGCUGCACCACAAGAGGCCCAACACGUAGGCUCCGAUCCCUCGAUACUGCCGUCGCCGUCCUCCCCGCCAAAGCCUGGGUCUCAAGUACAGGAGAGUGGUGAUGAUGAGUGCAAGGUCAUUGCUUUUCCCAAUGCCGCCGGUAUUACGGAAGAAGAGCUCCUGAAAUGCUGGAUACAAUAUGCGUUGAAUCAGAGCGACGGCGAGACGCUCGACUGCUCAACGUGGUUGCACAGCCAGGCAACUGUGCUUGGCGGAGAUCACUCCAUUCUUGAUCGAUUGUUCAAGCACUCGCCGCCCGCCGAGAUGUUGCAGACAAUAUGCGACAAGCUGGGGAAGCGCAUUGAAAGCGCACGGCCGGGAGGUGUGCAGGCGAGAGUCUUUCAAAGUCAGACACUCGAGGCCGCGACUGCGCCCGCUGAGGCCUCUGCCACACAAGACGCAAAUGCCGCGUUUGACCCGGCUCGCUACAAAUCGAAAUCGCUGGACAAAAUCGGGCGAGUGGAAAUGGCCAAGGCGCACUUCCCAACUGCGCAGAGUCUCUUCCUCUUCCACGCCAAGGCGAACAGCGCCAUCAGCAUCAAAAUUGCGUCGAAUGGCGUGCAGAGUGUAGAGCCACUCCUCCACGAGACUUGGUCGCGUCUCAGCGCCGAUUCCCGAUCGGAGUGGGAGCAACUCUUGUUCCGCCUACACAAAGAUGGUCUCAAGAAACCGGUCGGUCCAGCUGGUCAACAGCUUCUCGAACAACAAGCCGCCGUUGGAAUCGUGGCAGCCGUCAUCGCCGGCAGCGACACCUUGCAAGCAUCAAGCUCUGCGGAAGCUCUCACAAAUCAGCCUGGUCCUCAAAGUACUGUUCCCAGAGAAGUCAAGCAGAACAGAACUGCCACUCGUAGCCUCGAUUGCGUCUGGAGCUUCGACGAUGUUCGCUUUUCUCAAUUGAGCCAGGAAGAGCGGUCAGUUGUAGCCAAGGCACACUUUCCCACCGGUCUACAUCUCUUGGCGUAUCACCUCAGAAUGCACCAGGCCACGUCGGGCCUUGUGGAUUGGCAGGACUCCGACCAAGUCAGCCAUCGACUUUCGCAAGUCUGGCAAACCUUGCCCUGGCCGGUCCAGAAGUCUUGGGAACUGCGUCUCAGCGAUCUGCACAACACUGGAGUCAAGAAAGUGCUCAGUACGAAGAGCCGAAAGUCAUUGGAACAUAAGAUCAAGCCGAUUCUGAUGAAGUUCAUAUCGGAACAUGCUGAUCCCUUGGAUGCCGAGUUGGUGGCCGCCGACAAACCCGGUGAUUCUGCCUGUAAAACUUCGAGGUCCGCAGCAGGAUUCCCUAGGGAACCGCAUGCAGGCCAGCGAAAAGUCGAUACAUUGCCAUCUGACGCAGACACUGUCCAUAAAUCAACAGUCCUUGUUGACUUUGUUACCUGGACUCGAAAGCCAGGCUUCUAUUACGUGCUGCUUCUCGUGAACACUCCCCAGUUCCCUAUCGCAGACGCCACUCGAGCCGAGGUUGAAGAAUGCUGUCGAGCCGCAUACGAAGGUCUGGCUUCAGUGGUGGAACUCCGGCCUCUCAGCUCUCAGGCAUGGGGUGUCUGCUUGCGUGCAUAUGAUGCCAACUCUGCCAACCAUCAGGGUCAACUUCUUGGUCGGCACAUGUUCCUACGCGGGUUCAAGCUCAUCUCCAAUCACCUGCCUUCGUGCCCAACAAGCGUGUUCUCUGCGAGCAUUUCGCGUCAUCUCGAUCUGGACGCCACAAGAUUACUCCGAAAGCUCAGACGGGAAAUGUCGAGACGCGGCUUGCCAGCACCAACACUGCUGGACCAAAGGAAUGGCACUCGUCGCCGCCUUCUGGUGUACUUUCCGAAACCACCGAACCUGUUCGGCUUCUACAUACCUAUCAUGGUGCAGGGCAUGACUGCUCCAUACAAUGUCUUCUUUCGCAGCUUCGACCAGAAUACGAGGUGCUGGAUUUGCCGCAUAGUUCAUGGCGGUCAGGUCUGUCCCAUGGCUCUGGCAGUGACUGCAUCAUACAUCGUGCAUGUCUUCGUUACUCUUUCCAUAUCACGAUACCGAGAAUAUGGCACAAGACCAACCUACCGCACUCCGUUGCUGGAGCUUGCGCAGAUCUUGACUUAUAUGCAGCCUUCCCGAUCUCUCGCUCUCAUCGACGAGAUCGCCGAACGCAGCAAGCAGACCGCCUGCAUGCAGUUUGGUAUCAAAAGUGAGCCGGAGGAACCGAGUGCCCAGCCGGAGAUGGCACCACCACGCCCACAUCCGGAAGAAGAGCGAGAGGACGAGGAGGAGGAGGAUGAGGAGGCUCAAGCAGACGACGAGGGCAAUGACUCUGACGGGUCGUACACUCCCACUGCCAAACGAAAGAAAGCGCCGAAAAAGCCGACUGCGAACGGGAGGAAGAGACGCCAGAUCAGCUCAGGGAGCGCACGUCGGCGAAGUGAUCCGGCGGAACGGGGUCCACCCGGCCCCAGCACUGAGCAGCCUGCUGCAGCGACCUCAACAUCUUCCUCGAAGCAGCCUUCCAUGAUCGAAGUGUGCCUCCAGAACGUAGCGACGAUGCCUGAAGAUUGGCCCAUCGUUGCCGAAGCGAUCAAGAUCCUGGUCCAUCAUCGGUUGCCUUCGGCCGCGAGCGUGCAAAGCUACGAAGAUCUGGCCACCUGGGCGGGCACGUACGAGUGCAUGCGGAAGUACGACGCGGAUACAUUCGAGCACGUGGUCGACGUCUUGACUUCGGCCGAGGCGAAGUGCAUUGUCGAUGUGCUGGUGAACACUUUCCGCUCACCCAAAAUCAUCCAGGCCAUCGACAGGACGCUGGGGGAGCAUGUGAGAGUGCGGAGGGCUGCAUCUGGAGCCGUCUUGCCUUGA